AUGCCCCGCUAUUGCGCGGCCGUUUGCUGUAAGAACCGACGGGGACGGAGCAACAAGGACCGCAAGCUGAGUUUUUACCCGUUUCCUCUACAUGACAAAGAAAGACUUGAAAAAUGGUUAAAGAACAUGAAACGGGAUUCAUGGAUGCCCAGUAAAUACCAGUUCCUGUGCAGCGACCAUUUCACUCCUGACUCUCUUGACGUCAGAUGGGGGAUUCGGUACUUGAAACAAACUGCAAUUCCAACAAUAUUCUCUUUGCCUGAAGACAGUCAGGAAAAAGACCCUUCCAAAAACAACUGUCAGAAGAAAAAAAUAGAGUGUGAAAAAGAGGUGUGCCUUAAAGCCAAGUCACAAGAAUCAUUUGCAUCAGAAGAGCCGGCGAAAAGUGCAGUUAAUACAGGAGACCUCCCUGAACACGCAGAACCACUCCACUCUGCGUUGGGAAAGCCGCCAGCUCCAAAAGCAGGAAGUAUACCCAAUAGCAUGUUCACUCUUAAUCUAGUUAAACUGGAAGACACGGGAAAGCCAGAAUCCACCUUGGAAGCAUCAAUUAACCAAGACAUGGGUGGUUUUCACACCUCUUUUGAGAAUCUAAAUUCGACAACUGUUACUUUGACAACUUCAGAUUCAGAAAGCAUUCAGCAGUCUUUGGAAACCCAAGAAGUGCUUGAAAUAACUACCAAUCAUCUUGCUAACCCAGACGUUACAAAUAAUUCAGCGGAAAUUAAGUCAGCACAGGAAAAUUCAAUCUUACUCAGCACAAUUCCUCAAACGGUUGAAGAGUUAAACCCAAAUAAAGAACCUGUUAUUGCCAUUUAUGUACCCACAGAAAGUUCCAAACCCACCAUUAAUUCUUUGAUGCCUGUCCAAAAAGAAACUGAAGAAAUGGAAGACACAGACAGUGAAGACUCCUGUAAGGAGCUGGACUAUGGGACAGAGGUCUCACAACUGGAACAUUCUUACUGCAGACAGGACAUAAAUAAGGAGCAUCUUUGGCAGAAAGUCUGUAAGCUACAUUCAAAGAUUGCUCUUCUCGAGCUAAAAGAGCAACAGACUCUCGGGAGAUUGAAGUCUCUGGAAGCUCUUAUAAGGCAGCUGAAACAGGAGAACUGGCUCUCUGAAGAAAAGGUCAAGAUUAUUGAAAACCAUUUCACAACAUAUGAAGUUACUAUGCUAUAA